AUGUCCACACAUUUCCGUCCCGCCGACCCUCCACCUCUCUCUCCACUUGGCCUGGUCACUCAUUGUCUCUGCCGUCUGGUAAGCCAGCCUUUCGCUGUAAGUACUUUCUUCCAUGCCCCGACAACGGCAACAUCCAAGGCGUUACAAUACCAGCUGUGUGCCCUAGGACAGGAAGCUCAAGGGCUCACUUUAACUGAAGAAACCAAGAGACAGGAGGCUGCAGUAUCCUCAAAGCAGACACAGAGCAAUCCUACCAAGGCUCUGCCAAUAUCUGGGCCCAUUCUGGACUGCGGUGAUUCCGUAACACAUGGAGUCUUAAUCAACCAGCCUGGGGACCCUUUAUCUUUGCUAUUGCAGCCUUUCGGGCAGGCCUUGCAGAAUCUAGUUGAACACGUUCAGGUAGUUGCCCAAUCUCGUGUUAUUCUCAUAUUUUUCCUUCUUUCCUCCCGAUGCCUAAAUGGGCGGCAUGCUGCCUAUUAUGCUCUCAGCGCCAGCCAGCUUGUCUGCCAGCUGUUUGUUCAGGCCCUUCCACAACUUGACGGCAUGAGUACCAAUUUCGCAACACUGAACACUGUCUCGUCUAGCAUUCCUUUGCUCGAACGUCUGGCAACCCUGUUGCGUUGCGUCUACGCCCGUCCUGAGGUACCGGUUGGCCACGGUCUACCUUGGCCUACUGAAGGAAGCUCGAGCCUCAGCGAUGAGCAUGAGACGAUGAGACCGAUUCUAGCAGAACAAGCCCAUACAUUGAGAUAUCUGCCCACAGCAGGCAUUGCCCAUGAUGUCGAUGAACCUUGGAUCUUUGCUUCAUGCUUGAUUUCCGCCUGGAGGGGCUUGGUGAGCCUACUCUUCUUGCUCCUUGACCUCAUUGCAACUCUGGAGAGGGGCGAAUUUCCAUAA